AUGAUAAAAGAAAAACUUGUUAGUAUUUUCUGGUGUUGUUUUAGCGGGUUGAAGAAGAAUGAAGAAGAGGAAGCAGCUAAGGGUGAGGAAUUAGAAGAGUUGUUACAGCUAAGGGAGAAUGAGAAUGAAGAAAAAGGAAAAGAGCAGCAAUUCCAAGCAGCAGAUGAGAUGGUGGAUAAGGAAAAUGAUUAUGAGAAGCAAAAUAAUGGAGAAGAGCAGCAGGCAGAUGAGAUGGUGAAUAAGAGUAAGGAAUUAGAAGAAGAUGAAGAGAAAGGAGAAAAGAUGGUGAAUAAGCUUGGUGGUGUGGUUUUAGCUUUUUUGGCUGAAAAUUAUGAUAAUGCUAUUUCCAACACUGCUAUGAUGAGAAGAAAGGGAUGUAAGGUGAUUCACGGUGUUGAUGCUACAGACAUGGCCAACCAUCCAUCUCUAAAAGGCUUGAAAUUCGAUCGUAUAGUUUUCAACUUUCCAUAUGCUGGCUUUUUCAAGACUAAAUCUCGCACAUCUCAGCUGCUUAUACACCAAGACCUUAUGAGGCAAUUUCUUGAAAAUGCAGUGAGGAUGAUUGGUGAGGAUGGUGAAAUCCAUAUCACACACAAGACUAAUGGAUUCCACGGAGAAUGGGACAUACCUGGUUUGGCAUACCAGCAGGGACUUCAGUUGGUCAAAGCUGAAGAUUUUGAGCUUAGUGAUUAUCCCGGAUAUAACACCAAACGUGGAUUUGGUGGUGAUGAUAAUUUCAAUUGCUAUCCUAGCAAAACUUAUAUGUUCCGGUUAAUUUAG